UAAAAAAAGACUUAUGCUUAGGAACGAGGGAGUACACAUCAACUUAUAUAACACGUCAAGUCAGACUCGCCCAAGACUCAGCCGAAGACUCAGCAGUAGCAAGGCACCACCACGACACUACUUUGCCAUAGUCAGUUACCUUCAUCCAGAACACCUACCUGGGUAUCGGGUCGAAAUUGCUAGUGUAACCCGUUGCCAAUUUUAUCCCUCUUCCAUUGCACCACUCGAGCGUCGAGCGUUGGAGGCUCGGCAAUCAAUGGAUAUCCUCAUCUCUACAAUCGUAGGCGACCUCAUCAGUAGGACGGCGUCGUUCGUGAUCAGCAAAUACUUCCAGCAGCAGCCUGACAUCAACAAGAUUGUCCAAAGGCUACAGAGUGUUGUAUUGAGAAUCGACAUCGUCGUCGAGGAGGCCGAGGCGCGGGACAUCACCAACCAGGGGAUGCUCCGUCAGCUCAAGAUGUUGAGGCAAGGAAUGUACAAAGGCCACUAUGUUCUCGAUGCCUUGAGAUUCCAAGCGGCCCUCGACGAGGAGAAGGUAAGCCACUCAUCAUCUGCGCUCUCUAAAUUCAGUCCAGCCAAACGGCUCCGUUUCUCUCGGACCGGCAGUGGCAGCAGCAACAGAGAAGCACUGUUGUUCGGCACAAACAACAACAUGCGAGAAGAGCUGCAACAGAUGGUUGAUACCCUUGAAGACACCGUGGCCGGUAUGAAGGAGUUUCUUUUCUUCUUGGAAUUGUAUCCUCGGAUCCUUCGCCAACCUUACGGCACAUAUUUGCUCUUGGAUAAUUGCAUGUUUGGUCGCCAAACUGAACGGGAAUGGGUCCUGAAAUUCUUGUUGUGUCCCAAUGUUAUGCCAGACUUGGCUGUACUUCCAAUCAUUGGUCCAAGAAGAGUAGGGAAGAGCACCCUUGUUGAGUAUGUCUGUAGGGAUGAGAGUGUGCGUGGUCACUUCUCGAUGAUCUUGUUCUUUCCAGAAGGCAGUCUCAAGGAUGAAGGACUUAUUGACCUGAAAGGAAACAAUAUUAGUGGCCUAGUCAGACAUCAAAAUUCUGCUUCUCAAAACAGGUUGCUGAUUAUUGUUGAACUGGCUGAGGAUAUUAGUGAGGGAACAUGGAGAAGGUUGAAAUCUUCCGCAACCAGCAUGACACCACGUGGUGGGAGCAAAAUCAUAAUCACCAGUCGAUCAAAUAGAAUUGUGAAUCUGGGAACAACCGAAGCACUUCGACUGGAAUAUCUCCCGCAAGACGCUUAUUGGCACUUUUUCAAGUCGCUUGCAUUCGGGAGCACAAACCCAGAUGAGCAGCCAAAACUGGCAACGAUGGCCAUGGAGAUGGCUUUGGAGCAGAGACAGAGCUUCGCAGGCGCGCGUAUCAUUGCUGGGAUACUGCGAGAUAACUUCAAUCCUCGAUUUUGGCGCACAACUCUUGAAUGUAUAAGAGCAUAUAAACAGACAAACCUCCUUAUUUUUGAACAGCACCCAACAGUUCGUUUGCGAGACGAUGAACCGGUGUACCAUAGGAGAUCGGAGAAGAGCAGCAAACAUUUCUUGAUUUGCAACAUUUACCGGUCAGAUUCCGAGAAUGUUCCCAAGAUCAGUGUGCAGGAUAUUCUCUUAGGAUGUGGUGGUACGCUACCCUGUGGAGAAUUUGAGGCUCUUGCAUGGAGGUCUAGCAUACCGCCCUACUACAACUACACGAUAAGUUGUAAGAUGCAGGCACCACAACCUACAGUAGGAAGGAAGAAGCGUGUACAUCAGGAUGGGGAACAUUUGAUUUGAGUAGCACACUGUCUGCGACUCAUAUCAUGCACUAGGCAUGGAGUCGUCAUAUCGUCGUACAAGUGUUUGCAUGUCGAGUACAUUGUGCUUGUGUUUGGGUAAGUACUUUCAGAGUCAAGACGAAUGUUUGCAUUGUCAGUUAAGUUAGAGUACAAGACAAGUUGUAUUUAUAGAGUUGAGUACUUGAGUCUGUAUCCUAUUGAUCUUGAUACUAUGUGUACUAUGUAAACCUAAGCCUUGUAAUAAUUCUUGAACAUGGAGAAAAGAGUAGAGAAAAGGUGCCCCAAACUUGCUCUGUU